CUCAUUUUCCUGCUAGCAUCACUGCCCCCACACUGCGUUGUACCUUCCACAAUGGCAUUCAGUGGAACCUGGCAGGUCUAUGCACAAGAGAACUAUGAAGAGUUUCUGAAAGCUCUUGCACUGUCAGAAGAUAUUAUCAAAGUCGCUAGAGAUAUUAAGCCUGUUGUUGAAAUACAGCAAAAAGGAGACGACUUUGUGGUGACGUCAAAAACACCCAAGCAAUCUGUAACUAACUCAUUUACACUUGGAAAAGAAGCUGACAUUACUACUAUGGAUGGCAAAAAGCUAAAGUGCACGGUGAACCUAGUAAAUGGGAAGCUUGUGUGCAAAUCAGAUAAAUUCUCUCAUGAGCAAGAAGUUAAAGGAAAUGAAAUGGUGGAGACUAUAACUGUUGGUGGAGUAACGCUCGUCAGAAGAAGCAAGAGAGUGUAAACGCCGAUCACCUUCCUCGUGACACCUCUCCCUACCCAAAAUAAAGUGCCCUUUCCGUAA